UAACCAUAAGGGUCUGAAAUCUAGAGAGAAAGGCGGAGAAGCAUGGGUCGGUUCGGCAUCGUGCUAGCGAUCGUCUUAACCGGUUGUCUAUUUGCAAUUUCCAUUGCAAAAGAAGAGGCCAACAAAUUAGGAACUGUUAUCGGCAUAGAUCUUGGAACCACCUAUUCUUGUGUUGGUGUUUACAAGAAUGGUCAUGUUGAAAUUAUAGCCAAUGACCAAGGAAACCGUAUCACUCCAUCGUGGGUGGCUUUCACAGACUCUGAAAGGUUAAUCGGAGAGGCUGCAAAGAAUCAGGCAGCUGUAAAUGCCGAGAGGACCAUCUUUGAUGUUAAGAGACUUAUCGGGAGAAAGUUUGAAGAUAAAGAAGUCCAGAGGGAUAUGAAACUUGUUCCUUACAAAAUUGUGAACAAGGAUGGAAAGCCGUAUAUUCAAGUUAAACUCAAGGAUGGGGAAACUAAGGUUUUCAGUCCUGAGGAGAUUAGCGCUAUGAUUCUAGUAAAAAUGAAGGAGACAGCCGAAGCAUUCCUUGGAAAGACAAUUAAGGACGCAGUUGUAACAGUUCCUGCGUACUUCAAUGAUGCCCAAAGGCAAGCUACCAAGGAUGCCGGUGUGAUUGCUGGUUUGAAUGUUGCCAGAAUCAUCAAUGAACCGACAGCUGCUGCUAUUGCAUACGGCCUCGACAAGAAAGGUGGUGAGAAGAACAUUCUUGUUUUCGAUCUUGGUGGUGGAACAUUUGAUGUCAGUAUCUUGACAAUCGAUAAUGGUGUUUUUGAGGUUCUUGCCACAAAUGGAGACACUCAUCUUGGAGGCGAGGACUUUGACCAAAGGAUCAUGGAGUACUUUAUCAAAUUGAUCAAGAAGAAGCAUGGAAAGGACAUUAGCAAGGACAACAGAGCUCUUGGAAAGCUGAGAAGGGAAGCUGAGCGAGCCAAGAGGGCUUUGAGUAGCCAGCACCAGGUCCGAGUCGAGAUUGAGUCACUUUUCGACGGUGUAGAUUUCUCUGAGCCAUUGACUCGAGCUCGAUUUGAGGAGCUGAACAAUGAUCUGUUCAGAAAGACCAUGGGACCUGUGAAGAAGGCCAUGGACGAUGCUGGAUUGGAGAAACGCCAGAUUGAUGAGAUUGUUCUUGUUGGUGGAAGUACCAGAAUUCCAAAGGUUCAACAACUUCUAAGGGAUUACUUUGAUGGAAAGGAACCAAACAAGGGUGUGAACCCGGAUGAGGCAGUGGCUUUCGGUGCUGCAGUACAAGGAGGCAUUUUGAGCGGAGAGGGUGGUGAUGAAACUAAAGAUAUCCUUCUUUUGGAUGUUGCACCUCUUACCCUUGGAAUUGAAACCGUUGGAGGAGUGAUGACCAAAUUGAUUCCCAGAAAUACCGUCAUCCCAACCAAGAAAUCUCAAGUAUUUACCACCUACCAGGAUCAGCAGACUGUCGUUUCCAUCAAGGUUUACGAAGGUGAAAGAAGUCUUACAAAGGAUUGUAGGCUUCUUGGAACAUUUGAUCUCUCUGGAAUUCCUCCAGCUCCAAGGGGAACCCCUCAAAUUGAAGUAACAUUUGAAGUAGAUGCCAACGGUAUCUUGAACGUGAAGGCCGAGGACAAGGCUUCCGGAAAAUCCGAGAAGAUCACAAUCACGAACGAAAAGGGCCGAUUGAGCCAAGAAGAAAUCGAGCGGAUGGUUAGGGAGGCAGAAGAGUUUGCCGAAGAAGACAAGAAGGUAAAGGAAAAGAUCGAUGCCCGUAACGCCCUUGAAACUUACGUCUACAACAUGAAGAACCAAAUCAACGAUAAAGACAAACUGGCUGACAAGCUCGAGUCCGAUGAGAAAGAAAAGAUCGAAACAGCAACGAAAGAGGCAUUGGAAUGGCUGGACGAAAACCAGGCGGCGGAGAAAGAGGAGUAUGACGAGAAGCUUAAGGAAGUGGAAGCAGUUUGCAACCCGAUCAUAACGGCAGUUUAUCAGAGGAGCGGUGGCGCCCCUGGCGGCAGUGGGGGCGAGUCACCGGAAGACGAGGAUGAACAUGAUGAACUGUAGGUUUGGUUUGUUAGAGAGAAGAGAUAGGUUUUUAGUAUAAUUUUGGGGAAUUACAAGCUGAGGUGAGCUCACUUUGCUUCUUAUUAUUAUUAUGAUUUUUUUUUUCUGAAAUAGUUUUGAAUUUGUAUCAUCCUACUUCUAUUCUAAUGUUUAAACAACUUGCCUACUUGUUUUAUCUCCUCA